AUGGGUGAGACCCCAGUUGAGUACCUUCUCCAGCUUCAUCCAGACCUUAGCAAGCAAAAGGCUAGUAUUGACGCACUGGCCGAUGAACUUGAUGAAUUCAUAGGUGGAGUUGUACUGGUGAGUCAUGAUUCAAGGCUGAUAUCGCGUGUGUGUGAAAAUGAAGAGAGGAGUGAAAUUUGGGAUGUUAAGAAUGGCACGGUGACCCCUUACCUGGGGAAUUUCGAGGAGUACAAGGAGGAGCUACAAAGAGAAAUUGAAAAGGAAGUCGAUGACUGA